GCAAGAGUUCAAUUGAUCUCCUGAAGCUUGUAUUAUUUAAUGCGCAGAUGGGUAUUGUAAUCCAUUGCGAAAGUGAUGGCCUUUGUUUGUGUUCGUCAGUAUCGCGUUGAGGUGACACUCCCACGAGGGAAUUAAGUACGUAGGAGUUCACGUGGGGAUUGUUAUGAAAAAUACCAUUUAGUUUUUUACAGCCUUGAGAUGAACUUAGUUGGACAGGCAAGCAGACGAAGAUCAGCAAACGCAGUUCCACUUGAUUCUUCCAAAAAUAACUUCCGAAGUGAGGAGAUGAGGAAAGAGAAAAGGCCAGAGGGUGUUGGUUCUUGCAGUGAAUCUCUCUGUUAAUGCUUUUGGUCUUUUGGGAAGAGAAUCCAAGGCUUUGGACGUCGAGCCAGUUCUUCCAGCUUUCAUAAAAUGUAUUUCCUGAAAUCACUGAUGAAUUGUAAAGUAAAAUGAUCGCCUUCAAGUAAAUAAACCUACCACGUAUCCAAGUUGAGGAACGAAUAGUGCAGUUUUAAAAGCAAGUUUCUCUCUUUUUCUCCCUGCAAAAUUACCUUUUGUUUUCCUUUUCAAUUCUCCUCUCGCCUACUUUUCCUCCUCCCCAUCCCCGGUGGCUUGGACAGAGACGCCACGGGGAGGUCUACGAGGAAAGAUAAGCUCUCCGGCGAGGUAUCGCUCAUGGAGGUUUCCCACCAUAGGGCCGCCCACGGGGGUUGUACACGAGACCGGAGCCUAGCGCCCUCCGCCACGGUGGACUCAUCGCUGGCUUACCUCGAGCUCCGGAGCCGCCGCCUCUCCAAGCUCCCUCUUCCAUCAGCUGACUCACGCGAGAUUUCUACUAAAUCCCAUCGUUCUAAAGCUACUAGCUUGGAGCGAGCUAACCGAAGUCUGAGGAAGGGUUCAGAGUCGAUCACCGCCUCCGACAAGCGCGAGGAAGCAGGGGAAGCAACAGAGGCAGAAGUCGAUGCGGUGCCGGACUUGGAAGUGUCGUUUGCGGAGAACAUUCAUAGUGUCCAAGACACUGAAAGGAGCUCCAGGAUCAUAAGAACUCAAGGUUCUACAGCCAGACCUACCACUUCAGCUUUGCAUACCGUGUGCCAGCGCUUUCCGACGCAGCAAGACAUGGACGAGUUCUUUGCUAACAUCGAGCAGCAUCACCAACGAAAUCUAAAAGAGAAGUACAAUUUUGACUUUGUUAAUGAGAACCCGCUCCCUGGCCGGUACGAGUGGGUGAGACCCGACUGCUUUUAGUUAUCGGAUCUUCUUCACUGCCGCUUUUUCUGGAACUCAGAUGACUGUCUGAUGUUGUUCCACUUCCAGUCUUCUUUGUUUGAUUCGAUGAUCGAUUGAAGUUCGCUUGUUCAAUGUGAAGGUAUGCAUGCAUCUUAUAGAGCUGGCGAAACAUGUUGGAAAAAGAUUUGGUCAGCAUGAGAACAUGUUGUGUGUUGAAUGCUCAUGUUGAAUCUCUGUUAAUUGAUCCCUGUUUUGUCA